AUGGUCCGUUAUUACUGUGAAUAUUGCCAUUCAUAUUUAACUCACGAUACAUUAAGUGUUAGAAAAUCACAUCUUAUUGGCAAGAACCAUUUAAAGGUUACAUCUGAUUACUAUAGAAAUAAACAUGUAUGUUCGAAAUACGGCAAACCAUCGUCAUCAUCGAUUAGUAAACAAAAUAAGAACAGUAAGAAUAAUAAAAAUAAUAAACAUAGUGAAGGUUUGCCAUCUAAAAAAAUUAUAAUACAUCCAUUAUCAAACAGAGAGAAGAAAAAGAAUAGAAGAAUCAAAAAAUUAUUUGAUAAAGAACUGAAUCAUGAAUUGUUUAAAAAUUACAGAUAUGAAAGAAACAAUAUUUAUAAACAAGAUCAUAUACUAUCUACGUUAUACGAUGGGUCGCCAGGGUUUUCUAAGAUUUUCAUAAAGAGUAAUAGAUUCGACAUCGGUGAUUCUAUUAAACAAUCGAGAUUACCACAGCGUGCUAAUCAAAAUGACACGGGAAAUAUACUUAAUAGACCCAUAAACCAAGAUCUCUCUAAAAGAGAUAGAAAUGAAGUGUAUGAAGGUGGUGAUAUUGUCUCCAAUAAAAUAGGUAUGUUACCGCCUCCCCUAAUUCUAUCCUUAUGGGCCAAUACUAUACCUAAAUAUCAAAUCUACUACAAUAAUAAUAACAAUAAUACUAGCCAUAUUAUGGUAUCACACAGUGCAGUUAAAGAUUCUAAACGAAGGUAUAUUAAAUCAGAAGAAACUGAGAAAUAUAAAAAACGUAAAUUUUAA